AUGCAGGCCCGCGUCGUCGUCUUCCCCGUCAAGGGCCGCGCCUGGUGCUUCGCCCUCCCGCGCGCCUCGGCCGCAGCGUCCGCUGCCGAUGGCGCCCUUCCGCCGCCGCCGCCGACUCUGAGGGACCUCUGGCGCGGCAUCUCCUCCGGGGGACGCACGGCGCCGGAGAAGGCCGAGGCCGUUGUCGACUUCGUCGCUGACAAGAUGAACAGGGCGUGGAUCGGGUUCGGGAGCGCGCCGGAGGGGUCGAUGAAGAGCCGGAUCCAUAGCUUCGGGCUGAAGCUGCUCUCCCGGGUGAGGCCGUCGGAGGUGCUCCUGAAGUCCGUCACCAAGGACGUGAGCGCGCUCGAGAUCGUGCAUCCGGCGAGCAUAAAUUCUCGUCUUGUGCGUCGACGGUUGUGGCAUAUUGCUGUUAGGGGUGCGUCAGUUCACAAGAAAUUUCUGUAUGGUUCAGUUUGUUUGCUUCCAGUUACUAGUGUUUUCACGGUACUACCGUUACCAAACAUACCAUUCUUUUGGGUGCUAUUUCGUGCUUAUUCUCAUUGGAGAGCUCUACAGGGAAGUGAGAGGCUCCAGUUACUAGUUUCUGACUGCUCAGAUCAGUGGAAAGUACUUGAGAAGGAGAAGAUUAAUUCAGUAAAGGAUGAUAACCCCUGUGAAAAUGCACGGUAUUCUCCUUGGAAGCUGCGGCCAUCAGAAAAGCUUGACAGGUUUCUUGAGAGUAAAAACUUGGAUGAAGGUUUGGACUGUGAUACCAUUUUGAGUAUAUGCCAGGAGUAUGAUUUGGACAAGAUCGAUGUUCUCAAGUACAGGGAUCUUCCGUAA